AUGGCGCCUCGGGGGCCCGGGGAGUGGGGGAGUCCUCGAGGCAUGGCGCCUCGGCUGUUCAUUAAUCAGUUGGAGCCUUUAACCGAACAACAAUUAUUGGCAAUCAACAACUUACAACAGUCAUCCCAACAGGCUGAGGAUGCUUUAUCCCAGGGAAUGAAGGCAUUGCAGCAGUCUUUGGUUGAGACUCUCGCAGGGUCUCUUGGACCUUCAGGUUCCUCUGGGAAUGUUGUAAAUUAUAUGGGUCAAAUGGCCAUGGCAAUGGGGAAGCUUGGAACUCUUGAGGGCUUCAUACGGCAGGCUGAUAACCUUCGGCAACAGACAUUGCAGCAAAUGCAUCACAUAUUGACAACUCGCCAAUCAGCUCAUGCUCUUCUUGCUAUCACUGAUUAUUUCUCUCGGCUUCGAGCACUGAGCUCUCUCUGGCUUGCUCGUCCCCUGGAAUAACAUCCACUUUCUUCUAAUACACUGCUCUGAAAGACCCUUGGUGACAUUUGUACAUGAGAAACCUCUUUGUUGGAAAGCUGAGCUGCUGAGGUUUAAUGGAUACAUAUAUUUAUAUAAUGGUAUUUGUAACAUUGUUUCAUAUUUAACUAAGAUAGUGUGAGAUCAAUGAAUUGUUGUUGUAUUUUAGCAUAUCUAAUGGUUCCAAUUAGGUUAAUGGAAAUGAACAUUCACUUAUAAUA